ACGCGCGCCUCGCUCAGUGCUCGUCGUGCAGUCGUCGCGUCUCUUUAUCCCUUUUACGCCUAGUUGAGCGAGAAGUCACCCCCUCCUCGACUACCGGACGCCGAUCGCUUUGAGCUGAUCCGCGCGGUUCGAAUAAAACGAGUGUCGGAGUCGGUGAGUAACAUUGAAUUCGAGUACAUUGAAAAACAUUUGCACGUCGUGGAUUCUCGUGAGGCAUGAAGUUUGCCGCGGAAGUUCGUUCGGGCUUGCCAACACUGACAGAUUAAAUCGACGCGGUAGCAACGCCGAUACGAGUGAUUUAAAGGUGUCAAAAUUCGCGCGCUCCAAAUUUGCAACAAGUUGCAGGAGUGUGCUCCCUUUUAUGAUCCUACGCGUCCGGCUCUCCCUUUCGCGAGUGUGUGCGUGCGUGUGUGUUCGUGAUCGAGAGGAUUGAUACGGUGAUGAAGCUCCCGUGAGAAGCUGCAAAGUGUCACUCCGGGUGAUGGCAACCGGACCUUCGUGCGCGAAACGAACUGCAAUCACGGGCAGAGAUUGUGUUCGAGGAGGAUGUCCUGCAUUGUGAUUCCGAUUCUCACGGAUCUUAUAAAGGUUUGACGAGGAAAAACCCGAGACGAAUUUGCGGAGGACAAGUUCGACGAUGAGAAUUUGAGUCGCGCGGAAAGUGCUUUCAAGAGUGCCUGGGACCUGGUUCGCGCGUUUCGUCAACGACGACGGAGGGCGGGAGAAAGAGAAAGGUAGAAAGCAGAAGACGAGUGCUGUAAAAAAGCAAGCACUGAAGGGGUGAGUGUGUCGCUGACACGAGUGACGCGGCGCGACGUGACGUGACGUGACGUGACGUUGGGGCGUCGAGAUGCCUCGAGAUGAGAUGGCCGCCCGCCUUGGAUCCCUCGCAUCGCUCCUCGCGCUAUUGCUCUACGCUUCCAGCAGCUGCCAUGCCAGGAUAACCAAUCAGGAAAUCGUGACAAUGACAGAUGCGGAAGCAGUGGCAGGCGAAAUUGCUCAGCUACCGUGCGACGUGAAACCGCCGCUCCUGGGGGACAAGCUGCACUUGGUUAUUUGGUACAAGGAGGAGGCGGAUGCACCAAUAUACAGCUUCGACACCAGGGGGAAAGACAGCCUGGAUCAAGGGAAUCACUGGCAGGAUCACAGCCUAGAAGGACGUGCAUUCUUUAAGCUCUCCGAAAGCCCUGCAAAACUCACUCUGGAAAAUGUUCGCGAAAGCGACGCGACUGUUUACCGAUGCAGAGUCGACUUCAAGCAGUCGCCAACUCGCAACAGCAAAGUCAAUCUAACGGUCAUCAUACCGCCGGAGCAGCUUAGUAUAUUGGACGAAGACGGAGGGUUUCAUAUUCCCCAUUACAUCCUCGGCCCGUACAGCGAGGGAGCGUCUCUCAAUAUCACGUGUGUCGCCGCUGGUGGACGACCACAACCACGAGUGACAUGGUGGCAGGAGAAUGCUCUGCUGGACGACAGCUACGAGACCGUGAGCAUUAAAAAGGUCCGCAACGUGCUGCGAUUGGAAAAGUUAGGGCGCGAGCAUUUGCAUGCGGUUCUGACCUGUCAAGCCUCGAACAACAACGUGAAAGCGCCAAUAUCAAGCUCGGUUUCACUCAAUAUGAACUUGAAACCGCUCUGGGUCCGGAUUCAAGGAGAGAACCGUCCAUUUAGCGCCGACAAGACCUACGAGAUAGGUUGCGAGGUCGUUGGAGCCAGGCCGAGGCCAACGAUCACAUGGUCCAAAGGGAACAUGAUACUGCGAAAUGCACGACAGACGAUGAGUCCCGAUGGCAACACAACAACCAGCACCCUCACAUUCGUGCCGAAUAUCGAAGACGCCGGAAAGAUCCUCUACUGUCGCGCCAGCGUGCCAGAUAUUCCGGACUCGGAGAUGGAGGAAGGAUGGAACCUCAACAUAUAUCACGAGCCUGUGGUUACCCUCGAGCUUGGCAGCAAUUUGAAUUCGAGCGCUAUUCGGGAGGGUAUCGACGUUUACUUCGAGUGCAACAUCAAGUCCAAUCCCUGGGUUUACAAGGUUUCCUGGCGCCAUAACGGCAAUCCGCUGUAUCACAAUCCGGCGACCGGAACGAUAAUAAGUAAUCAGAGCCUGGUUCUGCAAAGCGUCACUCGCAGUAGAGCUGGGAUUUACACGUGCAUUGGCAAUAAUCAAGAGGGCGAUGGCGAGAGCAAUCCACUGAACUUGGACAUAAAGUUCGUGCCGGUAUGCCAACACGGCCAGACCAAGGUAUUCGGCGUCGCGCGUCAAGAGACCGCGAAGAUCCCCUGCGAGCUGGAGGCGAACCCGCCGGAAGUAUCGUUCACCUGGAAAUUCAAUAAUACAAUGGAAGCGGUGGACAUACCUCAGGCGCACGUCACGAGCGACCGUACACACUCGAUGGCCUUCUACACACCGAUGACAGAGCUGGACUAUGGCACUCUCCUCUGCUGGGGCAGCAACGACCAGGGCACUCAGCUUGAGCCCUGCGUCUACCACAUUGUGCCGGCCGGUCGGCCGGAUACGCCACACAACUGUUCCCUACUUAACCAAACGACCGACUCAAUCUACGUGGAGUGCAUCGAAGGCUUCGACGGCGGGUUGCCGCAAAAAUUCACCAUGCAAGUUGACCGUGAAGCUGGCAAGAGCGGUGCUGCAACAGUUUACAACCAGACCAGCAAGGUGCCCACCUUCUCCGUCAACAAUCUGGAGCCCGGCAGCACCUAUGAAGUCUCCAUUUACUCCACUAAUGCUAAAGGUCGCAGCGAGAUUGUGCACUUUCGCGCCACUACUCUGAAUCUCCCUGAGAGACGAACAGCAGGUGAGAGGCUGGCGCAACCACCCUCGCCGGAGAAUUGCACGAUCCGGGAGGAGAGCCGGACCACCGUGAGAGUGAGCUGUGCCGAGAGCGAGUACUUCGACGCGAACACGGCCACCUACGUGCUGCAGGUCUUCGACGCCGAUACCAGGCGUCUGCUGGCGUCUGCGACGAGCCUGACACCGAGUAUGCUCGAGGUGACGGAUCUGCCGGCCGAGAGGAGCCAGUCCGGCCUCGUGCUGUCCCUCAGGAUCAUGACGGCGUACGCCAUGAGCGACGCCACGGUCCUCCACAGUCCGCACUUUGUUCAGGAGAGUAAUACCCAGGAGCAUCAGCAGUUCCCAGCCCUGACUCCAGUUAUGCUGUCGGGUCCAUUGCUGGCCGCCGUAGUGGGAGCCACAGCAGGGUUGCUCCUCGUGAUCUUCAUGAUCGUGCUCGCUGUCAGGCUACGCUAUCGACCCCGAUCUCAGGAGGACAAGGACUCCCAUGACGAUGGCGGCAUGGCAAACCUGGCGGCAUCGGGAACCGGCGCUUCUUCUCCACGUGACAAAUCGUCGACCUUGCCCCUCAGCGCCGAUAGCAUCGAGAGCUUUGAGAAGAAUCCUGAUAUAAUACCACACGCGAAUGAAAAUUCAUACGCGGAACUGUGCAAAGGAGCAUCGCCGCGAUACGUGCUGCAGCAGCAACGUCCUGAAGUGAAUACGUUCGCAACGACAAACAAUCAGGGAUCCGAGCUAACAUACGCCGAGUUAACGCUACGGGGAAACCGGCGAAUACCUCCAAACUGCUACCAGCCUGUGCAAAUUUCCAGUAUUCAGCGGCCCCAGCUGCUGCCCAUGUCGACUUUGACGCGCAGACAGCCGAUCCAGGAGCCGACGAUUUACGCGCAAGUCGCCAGUCAUUCUAAACCGAUUUACGUGCCACCACCACACCCGUACAUGAAUCGUCCCAGCGACGAAACUACGGCGGAGACGCCAUUGAUCGGACACGACAAUAAGAUCACUACGAUCAGCCAUUCCGGCAGCUCAAUCUGGCGUGACACGCCGCCCUCCUCGAACGCGCCAACGACAUGAUUGCAGCAAGAUGCAGCGUAAUUCACGAUUCCAUUUCGCUCCUAAACGUCUCUCGAUGUAUCCCCCUUCAGAAAGAAAAAAUAAAAAAAGUACACACAUCGAUCCAUAUACGUGUUAAGUGAAA